CUCAGGAGCGUCCAACAUCUUUACGUUUUGGGGCUUAGAGAGUCCCGAGGAGGCGUCUCCCUCCCAGCAGCUCUUUGACCUGCCCUCCUCCCCCCACUGUCCCUCCAGCCCUUCUCCUCCACCCGUCAUCUCUGGGAGGCAGAAGGUGGAGUUAGAGAAGAGGCUCGAGGCACUGCAGCACCAGAUAACCAGGUUGGAGUGUCGUAUGUUAGCAGACGUGGGGACCAUCAUGCAGCUGCUGCAGAGGCAGAUGCAGAUGAUCCCACCUUCCUACAGCACCCUGACAUUACCCCCUAACGUACCUUCCUCCUCCCUCCUGUCCCCCACUGCCACCCCCACAGACCAGUCACCAUCCACUGACCCCCAGCAGCAACAGUCUAAUGAAAACCAAGAUCAAGUCCUUCGACAUCUCCCAGAAUCCACUGUCCUCCAGCUUACUGCCUCACCCCCUCUCAUCCAUGCCUCACCCCCUCACACUUUAUAUCAGUCACUGUUUUCUUCCCCCAACCUUCCCCAGAACAGCUCCACCUCUCUACCCCUUCCUCAAACCUCCAGCCAGUCUUCGUCCUCUGUCCUUCCUCAGACUGGAAGCCUGAGUCUAGAUCCAGCUCCCAGCGAGGCCUGAUCAACCAGUCCUUUCUGUCAGGACACAGAGCUUAGCCUCUGUCUCACAGGCCCAGCCCGUCUGUGGACAGACAGUCCCUGUCCUCCCACCAUCUGUCAGUCAUAGCUUCACCAAUCAACCAAUCAGAAGAGGGCCUCGCACCUGCUCAACUCAACACAGAAGCAGCAUGUAGCCAAUCAGAGCAGCACGGGAGCCCGCUGUGCCUGUCAUCAUUGGACAGUGGUGUCACCACACUGCAGCGUCUGCUCUGAACUGUGUGAACAUGCUUCUGCAGAAUGAUUUACUUUGUCAUCUGUCAACAUAUAGAUCACAAUAAAUGACCAAAAACAAAACAUAUGUUCAUGGAUCAAACCCACAUUUUAGUUUGACAUAGUCAGCAUUACACAAAUGCAGCAAGUAGCUAAGAGAGGGGGCGAUCUCUACCUCACCCAGUAGAGUGUGCGACCCAUGUAGGCUUAGUCCUUUGCAGCAGCAAGGGUUUGAAUCUGACCUGCGGCCUUUUGCUGCUUGUCAUCCCCCCUCCCUUUCCUGUCUAUCCAGUGUCACUAUCAAAUAAAUGGAAAAGCCCCAAAAACAAUCUUUAAGAAAAAUGUUGCUAAGAGAGAGGAGACAAACUCACAGUGGCUGAACCUUUUCUAUGUUUGCCUCUUUAACGUUGGUUUUGUGAAUAUGACAUUUUGACCACAGUAGCAGUGUAAAAACUAAUUUAUCUUGUCUUUUUCUCUCUGGGUGACAUUACUUUUCAAUGCUGUCUACUGUUUCUAAACCUUGAUCAAACCAUUGAGAGUAAGGCUCUGUUUUUCAGUCAGGUCCUGUUCACGCGUUCACAGCUACAGGAACAGUGCAGUGCACACAGAGGCUUGGCAGGUGUGUCACAAAUCUCAUAGCAGGCAUGUGACACAUAAUGAAUGAAGUUAGAACAAGAGCAAAAGCUAA